AUGGGUGCAAAAUGUCUCAAAUCAAUCUCGCGAAAACUCAUGGAUAAAAAUACUUUAUUGAAAGAAUUUCGUGAUUUUCUAGGACCAAGAAGUAUAACGGGAGACUAUCAUAAGAAUAAAUAUUUUUACCCACCGCAAAACAACAAACCAAAUUACAUAGUAAAUGACGGAAAACCUUUGGUGGGUGAAAACAAAUUGAAUUUGAGUAAUGCUAACAGAAACAAUAGAAAUAUCAAUGAUUCUUCAAGAGAUCCAUCACUUCAUCCAUUUCCUCAUAAUUUAUACACGAAGACAUCUUACAUAAUAACGGACGAAAUGAAACAGAAUAUAGUCGAUGAUGCAACAAAAAACGAAUUACAUCCUCAAGAGAUUGCACACAAAUACGGAAUAAAUCUUCAAAGAGUCGAAGCUAUCAUAAAAUUAAAUGCAAUUGAAAAAAAUUUCAAACCAAAAGAUGAAAUAGCUGAUGAUUUAAAAUCAUAUUCGCAAGUGAUGAAACGAAUGUUCCCAAUUUUCAAAGGUGGAUAUACAUCAGACAAUUUGACGGAAAUUCCAACACCUCACAAGACGUUAACAGAUAGAUUUUUGACUAUAGAAGAGAAUGAACCAUUUGGACCAGUUGAUGCUGCAAAGAUAUUGAAUUUAGAACCUGCCUCAAAAACUUUACAGAAAUUAACAGAAUUUAAUUUAGAGGAAGCCCAAAAGCAACAACAAAUUAUUGAAGAUCAAAAAAUCGAAGUCAUCUAUGGUAAAAAGAGAAAAGAUGAGAAGAAAUUAUUUAGAUUUACAAUGAAAAAUGUUGGAGAAUUUGGUCAUCGUUACGGUGCUUCAAGAAGAGAUACUAAGUUAGAUAGAGCAGUUGGAUUCGAUGCUUCUGGUAAAAUGAUCUAUUUGCAUCCGGAUCAAUAA